GCUUUUGGACCUAGAUUUCUAAUAUCGUCUGAGAACAUUGACCAUCCUGUGAUAAUCAACAUGGAUAGACUAAAUCAUUUGCUCUUGAACAUUUUUAUUAUUUUUUCUUUCUUUGUCAUUUUAUUUCUCCCUCCAUAUACAGUCCCACCUGAAUUUGUAGUCAAGUUCUUUGUAAUUUGAAUUUGCUUACGAGAGGAUAUUGCGCUCAUCCUUUCAAUAGCCUUCAUAUUCUGAGUCAGCUUUUGCUUUUCAGAAUCAUCAUCAUCCCCUGGAUCACCUUCUUCCUCAUCUUUAUUGGAAGGAGGGUGCCUUUUUUUCUUAUUAGGCUUCUUGCUUGGGAUAGAUUCUUCCUCUUCGUAUUCCUCCUCUUCUUCUUCGCUCUUGUAAUAUUCUCAUAUUCAGAAUAGCUAGAACGCUUGCCUUUUCU